CCUAAAACGUAAUCACUGGUACAUUUUUUUUCUGCAAGGUAUAAUGGCAACAACUUGCUUGUUCUUUGCACUAGUACUUGCAACACUUAUCAGCACUUCUUGUAUCUUUUGCUUAUCACCCGACCAAUCUGCACUUCUUGCCUUGAAAUCGUAUAUUACUGAUGACCCGCGUCAAAUUUUGGCCAAGAACUGGACUAGAGGAUCCGAUAUGUGCAGCUGGAUUGGCGUCUCCUGCGACGCCAGUCAAGAACAUGUGACUGCCUUAAAUUUGUCUAUGAUGAGUUUUAAGGGCACCAUUGCUCCGCAUAUUGGAAACCUCUCGUUUCUUACCUCGUUAGACUUGAAAUCCAAUCAGAUUUCAGGUUCAUUACCAGAUGUUCUAUUUAACAUGCCUGCAUUAAGGGUCAUUAAUUUAUCAGACAAUGCUCUGUCUGAUAAUCUACCUGUCAAUAUGUGCUCCAACCACUCUAGGUUGAAAGCACUUUACCUUUCCUCGAAUCAGCUUCAUGGUGAAAUUCCAGCAAGUUUAUACUCAUGCAGGGAGCUUCGAUAUCUUGCAUUAGAAAACAACACAUUUGACGGAAGACUGGCUAAAGAUAUAGGAAACCUGACGAAUCUCAAGCAUUUGUAUCUCGAUACAAACAUUAUCCAUGGGCCUGUGCCAUCAACUCUUUUCAACAUCUCUUCCUUAGAAACUAUUGAUUUGAGCAUAAAUAAACUCUCAGGGGUCCUGUCAUCUGAUAUACAAUGGAAUGUCCCACUUCUAAGAUAUCUCAAUCUACAAACCAAUCUCUUAACUGGUCAGAUUCCAGCUGGCUUGUGGGGAUGCAAACUACUUCAAGUGUUAUCCCUGAGAGAGAAUAACUUCACAGGAAGCAUUUCUAAACAAAUUGGAAAUCUCACACUGCUCAAAAUUUUAGACCUCAAUACUAACAACUUCACAGGGGUGUUACCAGCUGAGAUCGGCCAUCUUGACUUAGAGCAACUUUUUGUUCCCGCGAACAAGCUAACAGGUGAAAUACCAUUUGAAGUUUUCAACAUUUCAACAUUGAGAAUGUUUGCCUUUGAUUCCAACCAAUUUUAUGGCCAUCUUCCUGCAAGCUUUGGCCAUUGGCUUCCAAAUCUCGAGAAAUUCUCUCUUAAUGACAACAGACUUAGUGGUUCUAUCCCAGUCUCUUUGUCUAAUGCUUCUAAGCUAACCAUCGUUAGUAUGAUCAACAACCAAUUUAGUGGCUACAUACCCAAUACACUAGGCAGUUUACGAUCCCUGAGGCGGCUAUAUCUUGGAGAAAACAAUCUGACACGAGAAUCAUCUAGUACUGAGUUGAGAUUUUUCUAUUCAUUAACAAACUGCAGAUAUUUGGACACAAUUGAGAUAUCAUUGAAUCAAUUUCAUGGUGCCCUUCCAGCUGUAGUUGGUAAUCUCUCAACUUCUCUCCAAAUAAUUUCAGCAUUUAAUAGUCGAAUCAAAGGUGAGAUCCCUAUUGGUAUUGGAAACUUGAGCAGUUUGAAUGUGUUAACUCUAGAUAGUAAUGAGUUGACAGGCAUCAUUCCAAGCACAAUUGGGAGAUUGAAAUAUAUGGAACGCAUUUAUCUUGAACACAAUAAACUGAAUGGAUCUGUUCCGAAUGAAAUUUGUUUGUUGGAAAAGUUGGGGGACUUGUAUCUGAGUGAUAACCAACUUUGGGGAUCGAUUCCAGCAUGCUUGGGAGAGCUACCAUAUUUAACAAGACUAUACUUGGAUUCAAACAAGUUAACUUCCAACGUGCCAUCAACCUUGUGGAAACGUGUAGAUCUUAUUGGACUAAAUUUGUCAACAAAUUACCUAUCUGGAUAUCUACCGUUAGAGGUUGGAAAGUUGAGGGCGAUAACUGAAAUGGACUUCUCUUGGAAUCAGUUCUCAGGCAAUAUACCUGCCACUAUUGGAGGUGCUCAAUCUCUGAAUUAUCUUGUUUUGUCUCAUAACAAACUAGAAGGGCCUAUUCCUCCAUCAUUAGGCAGCUUGAAAGGCUUAGAAAUUUUGGAUAUGUCCAAUAACAAUUUGUCAGGAAAAAUUCCAAAAUCCUUGGAGUCACUUAGGUAUCUUCGAUAUUUUAACAUCUCCUUCAAUAAACUUGAAGGAGAAAUUCCAACGGGAGGUCCAUUUCAAAACUUCACUGGUCAGUCUUAUGUGCAAAAUGAUGGUCUAUGUGGUGCACCAAGAUUGAAAGUCCGGUUGUGCCCAGCAUCAGCUACUCCGGAAUCAGGAUCAGGAAACAUUGCUUUCUUAAAGUAUACUUUGCCCCUUAUCGUUGCAGCAGUGCUCUUAGUGGCUGUAGCUUUUUUGAUAAAGAGAAGAAGAAAUCAAAACAUCAUCUUGACACAAGAAGAUUCAUCGCCUCAUGCUUGGAGAAGGUUUUCUUAUCAUGAGCUUUUACAAGCAACAAACGGAUUUAGUGAAAGUAACCUACUUGGAGUAGGAAGUCUUGGAUCCGUAUACAAAGGAGAACUUCUGGAUGGAACUGUUGUUGCAGUGAAAGUGUUCAAUAUGCAGUUUGAAGGAGCUUUAAAAAGUUUUGAUGCUGAAUGUGAAGUCCUCCGUAAUGUGAGGCAUAGGAAUCUUACAAAACUCAUUAGCAGUUGCACUAACUUGGACUUUAAAGCCUUGAUACUGGAGUGGAUGCCUAAUGGAAGCCUCGAAACAUGGUUGCACUCUGAGGAAUAUUGCUUGAACUUUUUACAGCGCUUAAACAUAAUGAUAGAUGUUGCAUCAGCCUUGGACUACCUACAUUGUCGCUGUUCAACACCAAUCAUACAUUGUGAUCUGAAACCCAGCAAUGUCCUAAUUGAUAAUUAUAUGAUUGCACAUGUUUGUGACUUUGGUAUUGCCAAACUCUUAGGUGAGCAGGAAUUUCUGGCGCAAACUAAGACCUUGGGAACAAUCGGAUAUAUGGCACCAGAAUACGGGAUGGAAGGAAUAGUAACUGCAAGAGGUGAUGUUUACAGCUAUGGUAUCUUAUUGUUGGAAACAUUCACAAGAAAAAGACCAACUGAAGAGAUGUUUUCUGGUGAAAUGAGCUUGAAAGAUUGGGUAAAAGAAUCCUUGAGUAGCUCUGAAGUUUUGGACACGAAGCUGAGAGAAAGAAACGACAAGCAUUUGCCUUCCAAGAAACAAUGUGCAUUGUCCAUCUUUAAUUUGGCCAUGGACUGUUUGAGGAAUUCACCUGUUGAACGUAUUGAUAUGGAAGAUGUUUUGAACAGACUACACAAAAUAAAGACCUUGUUUCUGGACAAAUGCCAUAUGAUUGAUAGUGAGUUCAAUGACUAUGAAGUGUAAGCUAAUGUAGCAAGUAUGUGAGUAUUUUUCUAUCACACAAGCCUGCCUAAUGAACAUGGUUAGUCAGUCUUGUAGAACAACAUACUCUCUCAGUUACAGAGAGGUGUAUGGAGCAGAUUUGCAGUUUGUAAUAAUGUAAGAGAAUUUGUUUUCAAUAAAAAUAUAAGAUAAAUAGAGUAAAAGA